AUGAAGCCCCUACCCGCGGCGAGGCCGCUCGUGCCUCCCCCGCCGCGGUUGCCCUUCUCCCUUCUCUUUCCCCUCCUCUACCUCCUAGUCUGCGCUGUCGUCCGAGCCGAUGAUGGCUCGACGAGCGGUCCACCGACGACCGAGCCCCAGCACAUCGUCGCCCAGUUCCCGGCCGCGCCCGACACUAACAAUGCGACCCGCGACGAGGAGCUCCGGUUCAACCACCUGGUGCUCGACCCGAGGUCCGGGCAAUUGUACGCGGGCGCCGUCAACAGGCUCGUGCAGCUCGACCCGGAUCUCCGGCUCAGGGAGCUCGUCAUCACCGGUCCGAGGCACGACAAUCCCCAGUGUCACGCCCGAGGUUGCAGUUCGGCGGACAUCGAGACCACACCAACGGACAACGUGAACAAGGUCCUGGUUGCCGAUCCCGACAGCCGUAGCCUCAUUGUUUGCGGCUCGGUGUACCAGGGUGCCUGCGAAAAGCGCAACAUGACGAGCAUCGAGCACCAACCGGAGAACUUUACCUUCGGCGUCGCGGCCAACGACGAGACCUCGUCCACGUUCGCGUUCAUCGGCCCGGAGCGCUACACGACCUGGCAACGCUCCAACAUACUCUACGUCGGCACGACCUUUACCAACAACGCCGAGUACAGGCACGACGUGCCAGCCAUAUCCGGCCGGCGCCUCGACACCCUCGACAUAGCCGAGUUCACGUUCAACAAGCAGCCGGUCCUGCACAUCGACGUCAAGUAUCGGGAUCACUUUAUCGUCAAGUACGUCUACGGGUUCAACGCCAGCGAGUACGCCUACUUUGUCCUCGUCCAGAAAUCCUCGUAUCUUUCCGAGGAGGAAGAACUAGGCUACAUAUCUCGCCUGGCGCGCAGCUGCAUCAGCGAUCCAAACUACGAUAGCUACACGGAGGUGACGCUGCAGUGCAACGUAGAUGGUGGCCGCAACAACGAGUCGUACAAACUGGUCCAGGACGCGAAGAUCGGGCCCGCGAGCCGCGAGCUCGCCUCCCAAUUGGGCAUACCUACGGGCUCGCCCGUCUUUGUCGCGACGUUCUCCCCGAGCAAGGGCAUAACCAGCGAGCCCCUGCCCCGCUCGGCCCUCUGUGUCUACAGUCUACAGGAGAUCGAGGCCAAGUUCAACGAGAAUAUACACAUGUGCUUCAACAGCAGCAUCAAGUACCGGAACAUGAACUACAUCAGCGGCCCCAUCCAGGACGGCAAGUGUCCCCAGUCGAGCGGCAACAUUGGCAACUUUUGCGAGGUCGGGCUCAAGAUAUCCGGCGUUGCGCCGAUAAUCGGCCAAGCGGUGCUUCAUUUCCCGGACACGUUCGUGACGUCGGUAGCCCUGGCGAACACCGAGAGCCAGAGCGUGGCCUUCCUCGGCACGGACAGCGGUAGCGUGAAAAAGGUCCUGCUGUCGGCGAGCGAGGCUUCGGUCUACGAGAGCGUGCUCGUCGACAGGGGCCGGCGCAUCCUGCCUGACACCGCUGUCGCGCCCGCCGGCGACUACCUCUACGUUCUCUCGACCUCGAGGAUAUCCAAGGUCCGGGUCCAGCACUGCGGCAGCUACACCAACUGCAACAGCUGUCUCACCGCCGGGGAUCCCUACUGCGGAUGGUGCUCGCUCGAGAAACGGUGUACGGUUCGCCGCGAGUGCAAAAAGGCCGAUCGAGCGGACCGCAGCAGCCCGCGCUGGUUGUCCCUGGGCAGCGGCCAGCAGUGCAUAGACUUCGAGCAAGUGUUGCCCGACCGCAUACCCAUUAGGCAAAUGACGACGGUCCAGUUGACGAUUCGCACCCUGCCCGAUCUGCCCUCGGGCAACAACUACCAGUGCAUCUUUGGCGGUGCCGAUCCCAUAGACGCCGCCAUGACCAAGAACGGCCUGUCCUGUCCAACGCCACCGGUCGACGCCCGGCCCAACAUUCCCAAGGACGCGGACCACGUGCUCGUGCCCCUGUCGGUCAGGUCGAGCGAGAUCAACAAGGACUUUGUCUCGCGAAAUUUUGCCUACUUUGACUGCUCGAGGCACAACAUUUGCUCAGAGUGCGUCAGGGCGCAGUGGAGCUGCAGCUGGUGCGUCUACGACAACAAGUGCACCCACAACACCACCGAGUGCCAGGGGAACAUCAUAUCCAGCGAGAACAGCGUGCAGGCGAAUCUCGCGGCCCACGGCGUCCAGUACUGUCCCCGGUUCGUUCGUCGCGAGAAGCCCCUGAUGCUGCCAAACAACGUGCCCAAGGAAAUAACCCUCGAGGUGGAAAACCUACCGCAUCCCCAGGUCGGCCACACCGGUUUCCAGUGCUUCGUGAAGAUCGAGGGCGCGCACUUGCGAGUGCAGGCGCGGGUCAACAGUAGCCGGUACAUCGUCUGCGACAAGACCGUCUACUCGUACGAGGCCCAGAAAGGCGAGUACGAGGCCGAGGUGAUGGUCAUGUGGAACACCAACCACUACGUCGACCGCACCACCAUCAUCCUUUACAAGUGCGAGGUCCUCGGCUCGCACCGCGAGCACGCCGAUUGUUCGCUCUGCGUGACCCGGGAGCGGCACUUUGAGUGCACGUGGUGCGGCAACAGCUGCGUCUACCGCGACUCGUGCCUGAAUCAACUGUCGAGCGAGUGCCCGAAGCCAAGGAUCGACAUGAUCAAACCGCUGAGCGGGCCCAUCGAGGGCGGCACCCUCGUCACGAUAGAGGGUAGCAAUCUCGGUCUGCGGGAGGCGGACGUCGAGGGCAAGAUAAGAAUAGGCAGCGCCAACUGCACCCUCGUCGACUACAAGAUCUCGGUGCGCAUUGUUUGCCGAACGAGCCGGCACGAGCCGACGGACCAGGCGGCCGUCAUAGUCGGCAACAAGGCCGGAUACACCAAGAGCACCGUCUACUUCAAUUACAAGGACAUUCGGCUGACGGGCGUCCACCCGAAAGUCGGGCCCCAGAGCGGCGGCACGAGUCUCGCCAUCACCGGUCAGUACCUCAACAUCGGCAGCACGAUAUCGGCCUACCUCGACGAGCUGCCCUGUCUGGUGAACGCGACCCAAGCCAGCAGCACGAGGCUCACCUGCGUGACCAGUCGCUCGGGCCGCGUUCGUCCCGUGUCGCGGCUCACCCUCAGCAUUGACGGGGCCAAUCGCACCCUCGAGGGCUACCCGUUCAGGUACACGCCCGACCCGACGAUCAUGGACAUCAAGCCGCUCGAGAGCUUCGCCACGGGGGGCCGCAUGAUCACCGUGCACGGCACAAACCUCGACACGAUCCAAAAGCCCGAGAUGUUUGUCUACUUUGAGAAGGAGAGCGUCCCGGUCAACCGGACCGUGUGCACGGUCCUCAACCCCACGCAAAUGGAGUGCCCGAGUCCCAGUGCCGUAGGCCGGUUCUACAAUAUGGCGCUCGACGGGCAACGCAACGAUCGCCGACGCAAACGGCGCUCCGCCAACGGGCGCAGCAGCCCGAGCCUCGCCUUAAAGAUCGGCUUCGUCAUGGACAGCGUCGACUCGGUGCGCGACCUCGACAAACACGCGCCCCAGAGCCUACGCCGGCGACUCGUCUACGUCGAGGAUCCCAAGUUCUUUCCGUUUCCGCGCAACGUGAAGCUCUACAAGGGCGACACCCUGGUGAUCGAGGGCGAGAACCUGAACUACGCGAGCGACGAGUCCGACGUGAACGUGACCGUGGGCGCGCAACUGUGCAACGUGACAUCGCUGGCGACGAGCCAGCUCGUGUGCACGCCCCCGGACCAGCAGCCUGCGGGAACCGACGAGUACGGCCUCAGGACCGAGCAAGGCUUGCCUCUCGUGGUAGUGCGGGUCGGGCGUAGUUUGAGGUUCCCGAUCGGCUACCUUCGCUACGACGUGAUCAAGUCGUACCCCAUACCACCCGAGGCCAUAGCCGGUAUAGCGGCGGGCACCUUUGGCCUCGUCUUCAUCUUCAUCCUCGUGCUCGUGAUCUACCGGCGCAAGAGCACGCAAGCCGAGCGCGAGUACAAACGGAUUCAGAUACAGAUGGACACGCUCGAGAGCAACGUCAGGAUGGAGUGCAAGCAGGCCUUUGCCGAGCUGCAGACCGACAUGACCGACCUCACUGCCGAUCUCGAGUCCUCGGGCAUACCAACCCUCGACCACAAGAACUACAUAAUGAAGGUGUUUUUCCCGGGGGUGAUAGACCAUCCGAUUUUGAACGAUCCGAGGACGCGGAGCAACGUCACGCGGACAAACUACGACGCGGCGAUGCUGCAGUUCGAGCAGCUGUUGAACAACAAGUCGUUCGUGCUGAGCUUCAUCGAGACCCUCGAGUCCCAGAGCGACUUCAACAUCCGGGACAAGGUGAACGUCGCCUCGCUCCUCAUGAUCGUCCUCAUGGGCAAGAUGGAGUACGCGACCGACAUACUGAUGCACCUGAUGCUACGGCUGGUCGACAAGUCCGUCAACACGAAGCAUCCCCAGCUGAUGUUGCGCCGGACCGAGUCAGUGGUCGAAAAAAUGCUCACCAAUUGGAUGGCCCUCUGCAUGUACAACUACCUGAGGGACUACGCGGGCUCCUCCCUGUUUCUCCUGUUCAAGGCGAUCAAGCACCAGAUCGAAAAGGGCCCCGUCGACGCCGUCACCCACGACGCCCGCUACUCCCUCUCGGAGGAGCGUUUGCUGCGCGAACAGAUCGACCACUCGCUGGUCAGCCUGCACGUCGUGCAAGACGACCUCGACGAGAAGAUCCAGUGCAAGGUCCUCGACUGCGACACCAUCGGCCAGGUCAAGUCCAAGAUAUUGGACGCCUUGUACAAGAACACGCCGUUCUCCCUGAGGCCCGCGAUCCACGAGGUCGACCUCGAGUGGAGGCACGGACGGGGUGGGCACCUCACCCUCCAGGACGAGGACCUCACGACCAAGGGCUGCGGCGAUUGGCGCAAGAUCAACACCCUCGCCCAUUACGGGGUCAAGGAGUCGGCGGUCGUGUCGCUCAUACCGCGGCAGAACGACGGCUUUGCUCUCUCGUGCAAGCAACCCUGCCACACGUGCGCGAAAUCCGCGAGCCAGCAGCACCUGCACGGCCAACACUACAAUCAUCAGACAGCCGGUAGGCACCAUCUCCACAUGCCGGGGACGCCGAAUCACGGCUUGCUCAGUCCCACGAGCAUGUACUCGACGGGUAACGCGAUUUACUUUGACAGCCAGCACUCGCCGCCCAUGAUCAUUGCCAACGGGGACAUGGAUACGGGCCACGCGGCCAGACAGAGGCUGUAUCACUUGGUGAGGCCGAUAGAGGACAGCCAAUACGCGACGACGGGCAUGGGAUUCGCGAGCGGCAAACUACCCCCGGGCCUGCACCUCGAGCGGACGCACAAAGCCAUACCCGAAAUCUUUCUCACGCGAUUGCUCUCGACAAAGGGGACCGUGCAAAAGUUCGUCGACGACUUUCUCAACACGAUUCUCACGGCUAACGAGGCCCUGCCGAGCGCGGUCAAGUGGCUCUUCGACCUGUUGGACGAGGCGGCCCUCAAGCACGGGAUCCUCGACCCGGAGGUGCCGCACGCGUGGAAAUCCAACAGCCUGCCCCUGCGCUUCUGGGUGAACUUUAUCAAGAAUCCAGACUUUAUGUUCGACAUCAACAAGUCGAGCACCGUGGACUCGAGCCUGUCGGUCAUCGCCCAGACGUUCAUGGACGCGUGCUCGACGUGCGAGCACAGGCUCGGCAAGGACUCGCCCUCGAACAAGUUACUGUUCGCCAAGGACAUUCCCCAUUACCGGGAAAAGGUGGGACGGUUUUACGCCGAGGUCCAGCGGUUGCCGCAGAUCACGGAUCAGGAGAUGUCGAGCGCCAUGCAGCAACUCAGCUCCUCGCACGCCAACGAGUUUGACGUCAUAGCGGCCCUCAAAGAGCUCUACAUCUACGUCAGCAAGUACUACGGGGAGAUCCUCGAGACUCUGGAAACAGAUCCAGCCUGCCGGAAGCUCCACCUGGCCCAUCGGCUCGAGAACGUCGCGUGCACCCUCGAGGGCGAGGAGACGAGCGCCUGCUGA